ACCUCGGGGGCGGGAUGUCUCCUGGGAACGACGCCGGCCUUUCCGGUUGCUUCCGGGGAGAAGAGGCGAACCCUGAGUUCCGGGGAGGCCCCCACAGCUCACCCAAGCGGUGACGGGGUGGUAUCUGCAACCGGCUAGCAUGUCUGACGAGACCCAGUUUGCGUGGGGUGUGGGGGGGCGUCCUCGGCCCCCAGCCCACUGCCGUGACUAAAAUGCCCCCCUGCACAUGGAGGCCUCCCGACCUUCCUCUCUGCCCUUUUCGUUAGGGUGAAGGCGCCCUCCACACCCCUUUGCCAGACAUGGCUGUCCUUAGAAAAACUUAAGUGGGAAAAAGCAACUGGAAAGUCUCCUUUGGAAAGCCUCAUGGAGAACAUCUGCUUGACCAUAGGAGGGAUGGAAGUGCCACCUAAGGACUUGCUAUGAACGGAAAAGGCCCAUCAAUAUGCAGGUACUCAGGCACUCUGAGCACACCCUGAAGACAGCUCUCAUCUCUGAGAACCCAGAGCUUGUGUCACAGUAUGAGAAGUUCAGCGCGGGGGAGCGACGUUUAAUGAAUGAAGCCUUCCAGCUGUCCAGCAGCCUCUUUGGACCAAUCUCUCUGCAUUCCCGCUCAGACUGGAUCACCUCCCACCCUGAAGCGCCCCAGGAUUUUGAACAGUUUUUCACUGAUCGCUACAGAAACAAACCCUGUCCGGAGAAACACAUCAUCUACAUACAGCCCAUCGGCUCUCUAGGCAACACCACAGUUAUCAGUGAAGAAUAUAUUAGGUGGCUCACGGGCUACUGCGAAGCUUUUUUUUAUGGUUUGACCGUAAAAUUCUUAGACCCAGUGUCCGUUUCUGCGACGAAGUGUGCCUUUAGAGUGAAUGAGCACACAGAGAACUUACAAAUCCAUGCAGGGCAUAUCCUGGCAUUCUUGAAAAAGAAGAAACCCAAAGAUGCCUUCUGCAUCGUGGGGAUAACAAUGAUCGAUCUGUAUCCCCGGGACUCGUGGAAUUUUGUCUUUGGACAGGCCUCUUUGACAGAUGGUGUGGGGAUAUUCAGCUUCGCCAGGUACGGCAGGGAUUUCUACAGCACACGGUAUGAAGGGAAAGUGAAGCGGCCCCAGCGAACGUCCUCCAGCGACUAUUCCAUUUUUGAUGACUAUUACAAUCCUGAGAUCACUAGUAUUUUGCUGUGGCGAUCCUGUAAGACUUUAACCCAUGAGAUCGGACACAUAUUUGGAUUGCGACACUGCCAGUGGCUUGCGUGCUUGAUGCAAGGCUCCAACCACUUAGAAGAAUCUGACCGGCGUCCUCUAAAUCUUUGCCCUAUAUGCUUACGCAAGCUGCAGUGUGCUAUUGGCUUCAGUAUUGUAGAGAGAUACAAAGCACUGCUGAGAUGGAUUGACGAUGAACCUUACGACGCAUUAAGAGCAACUCCCAGAAAUAGUUCUGACCGUAUGAUUUUGCUGAAACCUGUGGACGCCUUUAAGGACUGGAGAGAGUGGAUAGUAAAGUGCAUUGCUGUUCUGGAGAAAUAAGGACUGGCACAUAGGAGUAACUGAGAUAAAUACCAGCACCCGGGCAUUUGUGGGUAGAGUACUUCAUUGGGUUAAACCAUCUCCUGGUUCUGUGCUGAGGCCAGGAACAGACUAGAAGCUUCUUUGAAGUCCCUGGACCAAAAUAAGGUUCACUGAGAACAAGGAAAACCCUCUCUGCCCUUCUCUCCUGUGUCAUUAGCUUCAAAUUGGAUUAGCUGAAGCUGGAAGGUAAAUAAAGAUUUUAAAAAAUGAC